CUAUCCUACUUUCCAGAAUAAUAGAUAAAGAUAUAGAAAAGUAAAACUUACUUUCAAGUCAGAAUAGCAUGGGGCGUGUCGUGAGUCGGUGCUUGAAAGUUUUCUGACCAAUCAAAUUUGAGAGGAGUAUUUACUCCGCAGUUUACAAAACAAGGCAACCAUAUUGGAUUUUCUAAUAUAAAAUAUUUCGCUGACAAAAUGCCUUGGGGAUUCCAAACUUGCGGGCCUAAUGAGGCCAUGGUGGUGUCAGGGUGUUGCGAAAGUGAUAGCAAGCCACAGCUUAUUCCUGGUGGUCGUGUUUUUGUAUGGCCAUAUGUGCAACAGAUUCAAAAGAUCUCGCUGAACACAAUGACAUUGACCAUUGAGAGCCCCCAGGUCUACACACAGAUGGGUGUGGCUAUUUCUGUCACAGGUAUUGCACAGGUGAAAGUUCAAGGUCAGAACAAAGAAAUGUUGGAACAUGCAUGUCAGCAGUUCUUGGGCAAAUCCGAGCAGGAGAUUCGUAAAAUUGCCCAUGAGACACUUGAGGGACACCAGCGUGCAAUCAUGGGAAACAUGACUGUUGAGGAAAUUUACAAAGACCGUAAGAAGUUCUCCAAGGCUGUGUUUGAAGUUGCAUCAUCAGAUCUGAUUAACAUGGGAAUCAGCGUGGUGAGCUACACCAUCAAGGACAUCAGAGAUGAAGAGGGCUACCUGAAGGCUUUGGGUAUGGGAAGAACUGCCCAGGUGAAGCGAGAUGCCAGGAUUGGUGAGGCUGAGGCUAGACGAGAUGCUGGUAUUAAGGAAGCUAUUGCUGAGGAACAGCGUAUGGCAGCCAGGUAUGCUAAUGAUAUUGACAUUGCCAAGGCCCAGAGGGACUUUGAGCUGAAGAAGGCCCAUUAUGACAUGGAGGUGCAAACUAAAAAGGCAGAGUCGGACCUGGCUUAUUCUCUGCAGGCAGCUAAAACGAAACAGAAGAUUAAGGAGGAACACAUGCAAAUCAAGGUUAUUGAGAGGUCGCAGCAAAUUCAGGUUCAGGAACAAGAAAUCGUAAGACGUGAGAGAGAAUUGAAUGCCCAGGUGAAGAAACCUGCUGAAGCUGAGAAAUACAAACUUGAGAAACUUGCAGAGGCAAACAGAAACCGCAUUGUGUUAGAAGCCCAGGCCACUGCUGAAUCCACUCAAGUGAAAGGAGAAGCUGAGGCAUUUGCCAUUGAGGCCAAGGCUAAGGCUGAGGCAGAACAGAUGGCCAAGAAAGCAGAUGCUUGGAAGGAGUACCAAGAUGCUGCUAUGGUUGAUAUGAUCCUGGAAACACUACCCAAGGUUGCUGCAGAGAUUGCCGCCCCUCUGUCUCAGGCCAAGAAGAUCACCAUGGUAUCAUCAGGAAAGGGAGAUGUAGGAGCGGCUAAACUCACUGGUGAAGUAAUGGAAGUCAUGGGUCGUUUGCCUGAAGUUGUCGAAGGAAUGACUGGUGUCAACAUUUCAAAGUCAAUGAAGAUGGCCCAGAGGCGUGUAUAGUUUUGUCUUCAUGGGGACUACAAGAACCAGGACCAUUUACACAUGAUAUACAAUACAGGGGCCGCUUUCUACAAAGAACAAUCUUUCAAUUACAAAUAUUGCAAUGUAUUAUCAUCCGAGCAGCUGAACAAAUUCUAGGAUUUUCAUGAGACAAUGCCAAAGCAAAUGAAAUGUAUUACCUAAAAUUUUAAAGUAAUCAAAAAACAGUUGAUUAAAUGGGAAUAUGCAAUAUUGUAAGUUUGUUGAAAAAUUUCAUAGUGGAAACUCAGUAAAUCCAGAGACCUUGAUAUUUCGACAGGAUUCAGUUGAUAUGGUUCAGUGUUUGUAAUAUUUGACAAUGGAGAAUGUGCCUUUGACUACAUUCUGACCUAACUGUAUAAUGUGGAUUAUGAAUGUUGUAUUGUUACGACAAACAUGAUUUUAUACUAUUUUACCUAACUUAUAUGUAAACCUGUGUUGUGAGAUAAGAUGCAGGGUGAUACAUAAUCAAAGAAAUAUUUACUCUUCAUAAUAUAAAUAUAGUGAGAUACUUGUUGUAUUCUUAUAAAUCCCUGUAUAUUCUGGAAUUCAAUGUUUCACAUUUGUCUUUCAUUUAACCCAUUAAAUCCAAUAUUAAAAAGACACUGUUUUUGUAUACAGUAGUUCCUUUCAUUGCAUGUAAAUAUACUCAUAUUAUGUGUUUGUUCAAUAUUAACCAGUAAAGAUACAUUGAUGUCAAACCAGUCGAAUAUUUUCUAUAUAAUCCUGUAUGUAUGAUAUCAUUAGUAUAUGAUAUAGUAAACAGUAAGUGGCGUAAACAUUUCCUUCGGGAAUUGUAAUUUUAGUCAACCCAGUCUAGAUUGUGAGUCAUUACUUUCUCAGGUUAGCAAGAAGAAUUGAUAUUAAGCACUGGAAAAGAGGUUAAUGUCGUAUGGGAUUAGAAUGUGAGAUUGAAUAUGGAAUUUUGGCUAAUAUGGAGUUAUUUGAAAAGUCAUAUUCAUUGAAUAAUUAUAUUUUAUGAAAUAGUGCAGACAUCAUUUGUAUUUAAAGUCUUAAUAAACCAACUACACAUAUAAG